GUAAGGUGUGUUUUGUGGGAUGUGUGAGAAAGACAAGAGAGGCUUUAAUUGAUUAUGACUUACAAAAAUGAUAUUGUUAGUCGAUGAUAAAGGAAUAACUAUGGUCAUGUCAGUUCAUUUUGAAGAAAGAAGUGGGAUUGUGCCCUGCAAGACCCCAUGGGGUGAAUGGUAUCAAACUAUGGAUGAAGUUUUUAUCGAUGUCCAUGUCCCACUUGGAACAUCUGCAAAAGACAUUAAGUGUAACCUGGGCAGUAAAGAGAUAGCUUUAUCUGUCAAGGGGACAGUCAUAUUGAAGGGUAAACUUUAUGGUUCUACUGUUGCUGAUGAAGGAACCUGGACAUUAGAGGAUAAUAAACAAGUAUCUAUUGUGCUGAUGAAAAGUAAUCGAGAAGCUGGGAACUGUUGGCCUUCAUUACUGGAAGGACAGUAUAAUGCUGACCCUUUGGUACAAGAUGAGAUGCAGAAGAAACUCACACUGGAGAGGUUCCAACGGGAGCAUCCUGGCUUUGACUUCAGUGGGGCUGACAUUUCUGGAAACUAUAGUGGUGGAGGUCCAGAUUUCUCAAAUUUGGGAAAGUGAAGACAACUCAAAGAACUGAAGAGUGUGAUUGACUUAUUUCUGCAGGGCCAACAUGUGGACGUUCGGAAGACCAGUGUAAAAGUCGGGUUGUUGAAGUGCCUGAGGGAAUUAAUGGCCCAGAAAUUGUGGAGAUAAAAAUAAUGUGUUUACAACUGUUGUCCGUGCAAGAAAAGAACCAUAAUUUGUAACAGAUGUGGAUUGAUUCUUGAAUCACCACAAAUGACACUGAUUUGUGCUGCUCUGCCAUCAAUCUCAGGUCAUUAAGCUCUCAAUGAGUUUUAAGAAACUGCUGGAUUUGUGCUGUAAAUACAAAUUUAAAAAUGCCAAAGUAAGUUAAAGCUGCAGCAUAAGGAAUUUGUUAAUGGGAUAGUUAAUAGACCUAACCAUCACUGGAUCUCAAAAGAUGAAAUAAAAUAACAAUUGAAACUCUUGUCUCACUCCUGCAGGUAGUAAAUUGUCCCAAAAGUUUUCAGAUAUCAGGCUUUUUAAAAACUCUCAUAUUUUACCUUUUUAUUUCCUGUUCCAUAUUGAAUUUAACUCCUCAUUGACCUUUUUUUUCAUCUACCAUAAUUUGCUCUGCUCCUUCCAGUGGGACUCCUAAAGGGAUUAACCCAAACAAAAGUGAUCCAAGUAAAAUUAGAUUUUUGUUUUGAGAGGGUGGAUGUGUUAAACACCAAAAUCAUCAGAAAAGAACAGAGGAAACAUCAGAUUUAGCUAACAGCAACAAUAGAUUCUCGUCGCCCUUGGCUGCGGAAGGUUGAGUGAACAUUAUCCACUCCUUCCAUUGGGCCAUUUGUAUGUGGAUACAGCCAUAGAAAAAAGGAGGAUAGCCAGAAUCACUGUUCCCACCAGACAUUCCUCUUUCUUUCUGACCAAAUUUUCAUUGUUUGGAAUUUAUUGUCCCAUUGAUGUCACCACACCACUAAUGGUCUAUAUUUCCAGCAACCUGUGAUUUUUAAAAACUAAUUGGUCUAAUGUUAAUGUAAAAUUCCAACAUAAGAUGCAGGCUAUGAGAGACUCUAUCCAGCAACUUCUGGGCCACUAGGUACAUGAACAUUAAAACGUAUUUUAUUGCUUAAAAAAACAAAAUUUUGCACAAAUGUUUAUAUGUUGAAUUUAGUUUCUGUGCUUUGUUAUAUGUGAUAGAAUUGCAGAUAGCAAGAUUAAUAGCAAAGUGUAUUUAUAAAAAUCUUGGAGCAAUAUUUUCAUUCACGGUCUUGUUGCUUUGUCUUAAGAGUUAUCUUCCUUAUGCAAUGUUUCUGCUCUGCACACAUCUCAUAAGGAAUUUACUAAAAUUAUUAUCCAACUUAUUAAAACCUCAUCUCAAGGAA